AUGGUAUACAACACCUCACAGGGCAUAGUCCCCGACAAGCUAAAUGUACAUUUGGUUCCUCAUACCCACGAUGAUGUUGGCUGGUUGAAGACUGUCGAUCAGUACUAUGUGGGCUCUAACAAUUCCAUCCAGGGAGCAUGUGUGCAAAAUGUGUUGGACUCUUUGGUGCCAGCUCUGUUGGCUGACAAGAACAGGAAAUUUAUCUAUGUUGAGAUGGCAUUUUUCGAACGAUGGUGGAAGGAUCAGAGUGAAGCGGUUCAACUUACAGUGAAGCGGCUAGUUAGCUCUGGUCAACUUGAAUUCAUAAAUGGGGGAAUGUGCAUGCAUGAUGAGGCGACGACGCAUUACAUUGACAUGAUUGAGCAAACGACUCUAGGGCACCAUUUUAUUAAGAGGGAGUUUGGUGUCACUCCAAGAAUUGGUUGGCAAAUUGAUCCCUUUGGACAUUCUGCCGUGCAGGCUUACUUGUUAGGAGCAGAAAUUGGAUUUGACUCACUUUUCUUUGGGCGAAUUGAUUAUCAAGACAGAACCAAACGGAAAUAUGAGAAGAGUCUUGAAGUUGUUUGGUGGGGUUCUAAGAGCCUUGGUUCGUCUGCACAGAUUUUUGCUGGUGCUUUCCCAAAGGACUAUGAACCACCUUCUGGUUUCUACUUUGAAGUUAAUGAUGCUUCACCUAUCGUUCAAGAUGAUCCCACUUUGUUUGAUUACAAUGUUCAAGAGCGAGUUGAAGACUUUGUAGCUGCUGCACUGUCUCAGGCUAACAUAACUCGGACAAAUCAUAUAAUGUUUACAAUGGGAACCGACUUUAAGUAUCAAUAUGCACACACAUGGUUUAGGCAGAUGGACAAGCUCAUUCACUAUGUCAACAUUGAUGGACGUGUAAAUGCACUGUACUCAACUCCAUCCAUAUACACUGAUGCGAAACAUGCAACUGAAAAAGCCUGGCCUAUAAAGACUGAAGACUUCUUUCCAUAUGCAGAUCGUGCACAUGGUUACUGGACAGGGUACUUCACGAGCAGACCAGCCAUCAAACGUUAUGUUAGAAUGAUGAGCGGCUAUUACUUGGCAGCGAGGCAACUCGAGUUCUUCAAAGGUAGAGAUAAAUCUGGGCCCAACACUGACUUGUUGGCUGAUGCUCUAGCAAUUGCUCAGCAUCAUGAUGCAGUUACUGGAACAGAGAAACAGCAUGUGGCUAACGAUUAUGCAAAAAGACUGUCAAUGGGAUAUGUGGAGGCUGAAAAGGUGGCAUCAUCAUCAUUGGCUUGCUUGGUGGAUUCCACAUCAUGCACCAGGGGUCGAAAUGCAAGAACAGAAUUUCAACAGUGUCCACUUCUGAAUAUAAGUUACUGUCCUCCAUCAGAAAUCGAAUUCUCCCAUGGGGGAAACCUGAUUGUUGUGGUCUACAAUGCUCUUGGAUGGAAGAGAGAAGAUGUAAUCCGUAUACCUGUUAUGCAUGAAGAUGUUACUGUACGCGAUUCUGCGGGAAGGGUAAUUGAAUCUCAGGUCCUUCCUUUAUCUGAAAAUUAUAUGAGCUUGAGAAACUACCUUGUAAAGGCAUACCGGGGUCAAUCACCAAGUAAAACUCCCGAGUAUUGGCUCGCAUUUUCAGCAUCUGUACCACCACUUGGAUACAAUUCAUAUACAAUUUCAAGAGCGAAAACUGAAGGUGCUAGUUCAGCAAGAUCAUCUGUACACUCACUUCAAAGAGGUGACAAAUCCACUAUCGAAGUGGGUCAUGAAAAUCUUAAGCUUUCAUUUUCAGCUGAGGAAAGGAAACUUGCUUUUUAUAUGAACAGAAGAAGUAUGGUUAAGGAAAGUGUUCAACAGUCUUUCAGCUACUAUGCUGGAUAUAAUGGAAGUGAUGAAAGUCCUCAGUCAUCUGGGGCAUAUGUCUUCCGUCCAAAUGGUACAUUUCUCUUAAAGCCAGCGAAAAAGGACAUUCUAACGGUUAUACGAGGACCUAUUAUUGAUGAAGUUCACCAGAAGAUUAAUCCAUGGAUUUAUCAGAUUAACCGUCUUCUCAAGGGUAAGGAGCACGUUGAAGUUGAAUUCACAGUCGGUCCAAUCCCUGUGGGUGAUGGAAUUGGAAAAGAAAUGGCUACUCAAAUCACAACUAACAUGGAGACCAAUAAGACAUUCUACACCGAUUCAAAUGGCCGUGAUUUUAUUAAAAGGAUUCGUGAUUAUAGGACGGAUUGGGACUUGAAAGUGAAUGAACCUGUUGCUGGAAAUUAUUACCCAAUAAAUCUUGGUAUUUACGUAGAAGAUGAUAAGACUGAACUUUCAGUCUUGGUGGACAGAGCUGUGGGAGGAUCAAGCAUAGUAGAUGGACAGAUUGAACUGAUGCUUCACAGGAGAUUACUACGUGAUGAUUCUAAAGGCGUCGACGAGGCAUUAAAUGAAACAGUCUGUAUUGAUAAUAAAUGCAAGGGAUUGACGAUCCAAGGAAAAUAUUAUUACAGAAUAGACCCGCUUGGAGAGGGUGCAAAGUGGCGCCGUACAACUGGCCAAGAGAUAUAUUCUCCUUUUCUUUUGGCCUUCACUGAAGAGGUUGAAGAUAAUUGGAUGAGCUCUCAUGUACCUACCUUCUCGGCGAUCGACUCGUACAGUUUGCCUGAUAAUGUAGCUAUUAUAACAUUACAGGAGCUGGACAAUAGAAAGGUUCUUGUCCGCUUAGCACAUCUAUACGAGAUGGAGGAGGACAACGAUCUUUCCGUGAUGACAGAAGUCGAACUGAAAAAGCUUUUCCCUGGCAAGAAGAUUGGGAAGCUGGUAGAGAUGAACUUAUCGGCGAAUCAAGAAAGGUCAGAAAUGGAGAAAAAGAGAUUGGGGUGGAAGGUUGAAGAGCAGCCCGAGUCCAAGUCCAAGUCCACAAAUAGAGGAGGAGCAGUGGAUCCUGCUAAACUAGUCGUGGAACUUGCUCCCAUGGAAAUUCGAACCUUUGUUUUGGAUUUUGACCAAACUUUCAGUGCUCAAGUCUUUGAUGCUUAA